AUGAGGUUAGAGGUGGAAGUGAGUCUUUUGGGAGAAAUUGCCAGACUCUUGGAGAUUGGCUCUGCCACCAUUUUCAGCCUCACUUCCUACCAGCUCCUCCACAGAACCACCAUUCCAUCCAAGCAGGAUGUCAAGGCUGCCCUGGAGGUCUUUGCUAUUCCCAGUGGGCUCUCAGCAUCUUGGUUAUCAAACCCCGGAGGGAGGGCAAGUGUUAGGGACUGUUCGCAACUCACUGAUGUAACCACCGGGAUCCUUCUCAACCUGUACCUGGUGGUGUUCACGCCCUACUGGCCUGUCACUGUGCUCGUUCUUACCUGGCUGGCUUUGCCUGGAAGACCCUGGAGCGAGCCCAUCCCGGUCGUCAUGUUAGAGAGCAGGAAGUGGCAGGGAGUGACAGUUCCCUGUGGCAGCCCCAGAAGGACUCUGAAGAAGAAAAUGGGGGUGGCAAAACUUGGCUACAUUGGCUCUGUUUUCAGGUGGCUGCUGGUUUACCUGGAUGAGGUGUCGUGCGUAUGGAAACAGUACCACGAGUACUUCCCACUCCAGGUUUUGAAGACUCAUAUCUCCCCCAGCCAUAACUACGUCCCUGUCCGCCACCCUCAUGGGCUCAUGUCAUAUUCAUGCUUUGGCCACUUUGCCACAAACACCUCAGGCUUCUCCAUGAUCUUUCCCGGUAUCACCCCUUGGAUGCUCACACUGGGAGCCUUUUUCUGGGUGUCUUUCCUCAGAGACUAUGCCAUGUCUACAGGGGCCUGCUCUGUGAGCCAGUCCCCCAUGGACUGUCUGCUUACCCAGAAGGGCACAGGAAACAUGCUGGCUGAGUGCAGAGACAGCUGGCCAGGCUGUACCACCCUCUUUGUGUGCACGGCCCUUCAGCAUGGGGGGCCUCUACUCCCUGCCUAUGCCUUUGGGGAGACAGGCCUCUACAAUCAGUACAUUUUCACUCCUGGAGGCUUGGUCGAUUGCUUCCAGAAGUGGUUGCACAGUAUGGCACACAUCUAUCCUUGUGCCUUCUCUGGGUAUGACUUCACUGAGAAUUCCUGGGCGCCGCCCUGUGCUCGGCCUGUAAGCACCAUCGUUGGGGAGCCUCUCCCGGUGCCCAAGAUUGAGAAGCUGAGCCAGGAGAUGGUGGACAAAUACCACGCAUUCUAUAUGGGUACCCUACGCAGACUGUUCGACCAGCACAAGGUCAAGUUUGAUGGCUCAGACACUCAGGAGCUGGUGAAAGUUUGA